AUGGCGCCGCGCCCCGCCCUUUGCUGGUGGUGGGACUCCACAAAUUUGUUCGAGUGUUUUUCUUGCUGUGCGCUCUGAGGAGGCCAAAUCCUGUAGCGCCAUGGCCGUCGCGUUGGCGGCGGUCACGUUGCCGAGUGUCGUGGAGGAGCUCCUGAGCGAGAUGGCUGCGGCGGUGCGGGAGGGCGCGCGAAUUCCUGAUGAACAUCUAUUAUCACUAAAGUUCAUCUUUGGCUCUUCAGCCAUCCAGGCCUUGGACCUAGUUGAUCGACAAUCCAUCACCUUAAUCUCAUCACCCAGUGGGAGGCAAGUUUACCAGGUACUUGGAAGUUCUGGUAAAACAUACAUAUGUUUGACUUCUUGUCAUUACUGUUCAUGUCCUGCAUUUGCCUUCUCAGUGCUACGGAAGAGUGACAGCCUACUGUGCAAGCAUCUCCUGGCAGUUUAUCUUAGUCAGGUUAUGAGCACCUGUCGGCAGCUAAGUGUCUCGGACAACCAAUUGACUGAAAUAUUAUUGAUGGAAAAGAAACAAGAAGCAUAAAAACUAUAGCUUGAGCAUCAUUAUCUUUCAAAAUAGAAGUCCCAUCAAGAAGUACAUUUAACCUAUCAUGGUUCGCACGGAAGAGAAGUGAAAUAGAUCUUCUAGAGACUUCGUGUUACUGUCCCUUUCCUCUCCUAGACUGCAGAAGGCACUGUGGGUUGUAAUCCAGGAUGCGUGUGUGGUUUGAAGCCUUGUACAAGUCUCCUUAUGAAAAAUCUGAAUCAGCCUUUAAGCCACAUGGGUAAAAAAUUUUCUACAUAGAUCAAGCAUUUUAGACUCAAAGCCACAUACGUCCACAACUAGAUUAAGUAACUGAAGUACUAGUAAUUUUUAAGAGGUUGAAAUGAUAGACAAAACUGAAUAGGAUGAAAUUUAGAUGAAUAAGUGUUAUUUCUUUAAGUUCAGAAAAUUAUUCUGCAACAAUAAAAGAUCAGAGCAGAGAUGUGGCUAAAAAGCAGCAAGUAUGAAAAGACUCGCUGGGGUUCUGGUUUCACUGAGCUUGACAUUUGACAUAUCUGUGGCGUUGGUGCCAAAAUAGCUUAAGUAGGCUGUAUUGUUAGAGUAAUAAUAUCUAGAACAAGGAAGUACUGGUUUUGCACUGCAUGCGUUUCUGAGCUUUAGAAUGAGCCAAAUGAAGGAAGCUAAAUCAUGUCCUGAAGGAAGCUAAAGAUACUACUAGGGUUUUCCAUUCUGAAGGAGAAAAGGUGAAAGAGAUACCAAGAGGAGUGUUAGAAGGGAGAGAAAUGGGACUUGUUUGGACCCCAAGAGAGUGCAGAGAAAAAGAGUCAUAAUGAAAUGAGACUGACUUCAGCACAGGACAAGAACUUAGGUAAAGCUGUCGACAGCCAAAAUAAGAUCAUAGAAGGACAGGAAUUGCCUGUCUCUGUAAGGGUUCAUAAACCUACAGUCUCCUUGCAAGGAUAGUGCAGAAAAAAACUGAAGCAAUGAACAAACAGAUGAAAAGGUGACUUUACAGCCUAGGAAACCCCCAACCCUGUGUACCCAAAACCUGAGGGACUACUGAAUGAAUGUGUGACAAAGCCACAAAUGUUGCAGUGUUCUGUGGUUGGCAGAGCCUUUUGUUAUACUGAAGUGUGGCAAAUAAAAUCUAUCGAGACUUUUAUACUAUUGGGAAA